AGCAACAACACUGGCUACAUAGUCAAUAUCAACAUCAUCCCUGUUUUCCUCUUUUGCUACGAAAUAUCUCCCCUCUUUCUUGCUUUUUUUUUUCUCUCUUUUUUCCUCUGACGUUAUUGCGUCUCGGUGAUAAUAUCUUUUCUUGGUCAGAAUGUUCAGAUUCGCGCGAAGCAGGUCGAUCGCGACGGCUCUGAGAGCCACGGUUGAGCCAUCGCUUCAGACCAGAUAUGCUGCACAACAGAAGAGAAACCUUUCUAUCCAUGAAUACCUCUCUGCAGAUCUCCUGAAAUCUUAUGGCGUCGGUGUCCCUCAUGGCCAUGUCGCCCGCACCGCGGAAGAGGCCGAGGCCGUUGCAAAACAAAUUGACGGAGAUGAUAUGGUCAUCAAGGCUCAAGUUCUUGCCGGUGGUCGAGGCAAAGGUACCUUUGACAACGGCUUGAAGGGAGGUGUUCGUGUCAUUUACUCUCCUACCGAAGCCAAAAUGUUCGCCGAACAGAUGAUUGGACACAAGCUUAUCACAAAACAAACCGGGGCUCGUGGCCGUCUCUGUAACGCCGUCUACAUUGUCGAACGCAAGUUCGCCCGUCGCGAAUUCUACCUUGCCAUUCUCAUGGACCGUCAAACUCAGUCUCCUGUCAUUGUGUCCUCUUCCCAGGGUGGUAUGGACAUUGAGACUGUCGCCAAGGAGACUCCCGAGGCUAUCCGCACUACUCCCAUUGACAUCAAGACCGGCGUCACUGACGACAUUGCCCGUAGCAUCGCUACCGACUUGGGCUUCUCUGCUCAGUGCAUUGAGGACGCUAAGAACACUAUCCAAAACCUCUACAAGGUCUUCCUUGAGAAGGAUGCUACUCAGAUUGAGAUUAACCCUCUUACCGAGACUUCUGACCACCAGGUUCUUGCCAUGGAUGCCAAGCUUGGAUUCGAUGACAAUGCUGAAUUCAGACAGAAGGAGGUCUUCUCAUGGCGGGAUACCACACAGGAGGAUCCUGAUGAGGUCAAGGCUGCUGAACACGGUUUGAACUUCAUCAAGCUCGAUGGUGAUAUUGGAUGUUUGGUCAACGGUGCUGGUCUCGCCAUGGCCACCAUGGACAUCAUCAAGCUCAACGGCGGCAGCCCCGCCAACUUCUUGGACGUCGGCGGUGGUGCCACCCCAGCUGCCAUCAAGUCUGCCUUUGAAUUGAUCACCAGCGACCCCAAGGUCACUUCUAUCUUUGUCAACAUCUUUGGCGGUAUCGUCCGAUGUGACGCUAUUGCCCAGGGUCUUAUCAAUGUUGUCCGCGACAUGGGUCUCCGCACUCCCGUCAUUGCCCGUCUUCAGGGUACUAACAUGGAGCAAGCUCGCAAGCUGAUUGACGAUUCCAACCUCAAAAUCUUCUGUAUCGAAGAUCUCCAGAGCGCCGCUGAGAAAUCCGUCCAAUUCUCAAAGGUGGUCAAGAUGGCUCGCGACAUUGACGUGGGCGUCGAAUUUACUCUCGGUAUCUAAACCUGUCACUCUGUGUGUGUGUGUGUGUGUUAGCGCACCUUUUUUCUCCUUUCGAAAGAGAAUAUUUGAACCUUUCCCCAUGUCUCCAUAUUACUUGUUCCAUAAGCCCUAUUCCGUUAUUUCAGAACCUUUAUGGUUUUCUAUCUACCUAUCCAGUUUUAGACUCUGAAUUCAGUUCUUUUUUGAAAUGUCAGUCUCGUUACGUUUCUUAUGAGAACAAAUGAUCAUAUCACUCAAGGAAGAGAAAUAGUAUGCUGACUGGUGUUGCAU